AUGGAUGCCCAACCCUUAACGACACUCCUCCAAUCCGAAUCCCAGUCCCUCCACCCCAGACCCGAUUCCCACGGUUCGUUCGAUCUCUCCGGCCCCGAUACCCGCCACAACCCGGGGUCGUGGUCUCUCAAGCGACUCUUGAGUGGACGUGGGAGUCGCAGGUAUCGUGUUCUGGAGCGAGAGCCGAAUCGGCUUCGGAAGCGGGUGAGCCAGUGA